GGAACAUCUACAAAUGCAAGCAGGUAAAGCACUUUUAGCUGACAUGGAUAACAAACUUAGUAAAAUUAAUAAAAUGUGGUUGUACAUAAAGCACCACUGAAGAAUAAGAUUAAUUAACUGAAACCAUGUUUUUAAUUAGAAGAUACUAAUAUGACAUCAUGCGAACUACCUAGAAUAAUCUAAACAUAACAUUGGAUGCAUUAGUUGCAAAUUAUGGACUGUCAAUUUGACAUUUCAGCACAUAAAGUAAAUUGUGUCAAUGUUUCUAUGUCCUUCUGAAAUCUAAAAUCAGCCAUAAGUUUACAACCAUGUUGAUCCAUGAUAAUAAAAUAUCCACCAUCUAAAUUGGUACAGACGACUCACCUUGUAAUUGUUGUUGUAGACAUGCAGGAGUACGGUGUGUAUGCUGGUGAUGUGGAAAUUGUUUUUGAACAAGAGGAGUUGGAUGAUUCAGAUGAGGAAGAUGAACAUCCAAACAAAAAUCUUACCAACAUACAAAGGCAAGAGAUAUAUGAUGCAUUGGUUAAGAAAACUAUCAAUGGAAGACUAAGAAAAAAAGCAACAACUGAAGUUGCUGAAAUGUUCAAUAUCAAAAGGGGUAGAGUGCAAGAUAUUUGGCGAAGAGCAAAGCAGUGCCGUGCACAGGGAAUUCCAGUCAAUGUAAGUUCUAGAAAGAAAACUAAUUCUGGUCGCAAGAAGAAUGAAAUUGACUUGUCAGAUGUUGCUAAUGCCCCCCUGCAACUAAGGGGCACAUUACGGUCAUUUGCAUCAGCUGCGGGUAUACCAAAAAGCACGCUUCAUAGGAUGUUGAAAGAAGGGCUGAUAAGACGUCACUCAAACACAUUAAAGCCAUUGUUGAAGGAAGAGAACAAACGAUCAAGGCUGCAAUGGUGUAUUUCCAUGUUAGAUUGGCAUACUUUGCCAAAUGAACCGAAGUUUGUUGAUAUGCGCAACAUUGUGCACAUCGAUGAAAAAUGGUUCAAUACCACUAAAAAGACAAGAACUUUUUACCUGGUCCAUUGGGAGGAUGAUCCGUACAGACCCGUGCAAAACAAGAAUUCUAUUGAUAAAGUGAUGUUCUUGGCAGCAGUUGCUAGGCCUAGAUACAAUGAAGAAGGUAUCUGCACUUUUGACGGCAAGAUAGGCUUGUGGCCUUUCACCAAAAAGGAACCAGCACAAAGGACAAGUCAAAACAGGCCAAGGGGAACUCUAGUCACCAAGACAAUCAAGGUUGAUCGAGACACCGUAAGGUCGUUUCUGAUUGCUAAAGUACUACCAGCUAUUAUAUCAAGUUGGCCUCGAGACGAUGCACACAGCACUAUAUGGAUUCAGCAAGACAAUGCUCCUGCUCAUGUGCCAGUGGAUGAUUAUCAAUUUGCCUAUGCAGUAUCCCAAACAGGGUUUGACAUCCGCCUUAUGCAUCAGCCUCCUAAUUCCCCAGAUAUGAAUGCAUUAGAUCUUGGGUUCUUUGCAUCGCUACAAUCAUUAACAUAUAGAAGGAUAUCUAGGAAUAUGGAUGAGCUAAUACAUAAUGUUGAGCAGGAAUUUCAGGCCUAUGAUGACAACAAGCUAAAUAGGGUGUUCCUAACACUACAAUCUUGCUUGUUAGAGGUUAUGGAAGCUGAUGGUGGAAAUGGAUACAGAAUACCUCAUAUGGGUAAAGAGAGGCUAGAGCGUCUGGACAUUCUCCCUAAUACCCUUAGUUGUGGUCGUGAACUGUAUGAAAAGGUCAUAUCAGCAUUAGCCAAUCAAGUGCAGUAAAUUAUGCAAAAUGGGAAGGUCUAUCGUAGUUUCAGCUUUUGGUUAAAUGUGAUGUUGUAUAUAUGAUAAAGUAAUAUCAGUAUUACUCAAGUAAAUGCAACUAAUCAUGCAAUGUGGCAAGUUCUAUGAUGGUUUCAGCUUUUGUAAUAUGUAAUAUGAAGUUUUAUGAUGGUUUCAGCUUUUGUUGGCUACAUUUCAGAUUGUAUAUAUGACAAUGCAGUAUCAGCAUUUGAGUAUCAUGUCAUGUGGAAAGUUUUA